GAGGCGUGAUCUGGAGCGUCGCAGGCGCCGAGGGAGGGUUAGGCGAAUGUCCGAGAGCUGUCGACCGGUCAGCUUCUCUCUCCGCGUGCACAUUCAGGCGCUUCCGGCAGGUGACGCUGCCUCUCCCCGCUGCGUGGUUGAAGAAGGAACUCCUGCGGUCUCGAGUGCGCCCGCCGCGGGCCCCUGACCGCGCCGAGCCUUUUCAGAGGCCGGGGGAGUCCGGAGUAGCGGCAGUGAGGAGCGCUCUGGUUGCCACUACGCUCCUGCCCACAGAUCCUGGCUCCAAAAGGGUAGGACAGAUCUGUGUUAUGAAUAGAAAGAAGCCUAUGGAACAAGUGUCUAUCAUGGAAGACUUACUGACUUGAGACCUACCCAGGAGGAUGAAGCAUCCUGGAUAAGAGUUGACCCUCACGUUCCUGGACCUGUAGCCUGUCUUGACUCUUCUGCCCAGAGUGCAUAAGGUCUGAAUGACAUCUCAGCCUUUGGAGAAUUCAGCAAUAGUUGUGUGGCAAUGGAGCAUUUGACCCAGACAAUGGAAAGGAGAGCUUGGUGUUCUGAAGACUCUGCCCUUUCCAAGGAAGAAGAUGAUACAGUCAGGUCUCUUAAAACAGUGACAUUUAAGGAUGUGGCUGUGGAUCUCACCCAGGAAGAAUGGCAGCAAAUGAAACCUGCUCAGAGGAACUUGUACCGGGAUGUGAUGCUGGAGAACUAUAGCAACCUAGUUACAGUAGGUUGUCAAGUCACCAAACCAGAUGUGAUCUUCAAGUUGGAGCAAGAGGAAGAGCCAUGGGUGAUGGAGGAAGAAAUGUUUGGGAGGCAUUGUCAAGAACCCGGAAGACGUGGAGAGAAUUGCUGGGCAUCUAAAGUCAUGGCACAGAGCUUGAAGUUCAAAGAUGUGGUCAUUUACUUCUCUCAAAAGGAAUGGGAAUGCUUGCACUCUGCUCAGAAGGAUUUAUAUCGAGACGUGAUGUUGGAGAAUUAUAGCCACCUAAUCUCACUGGGACUUUCUGAUUUUAAGCCAUAUGUGAUCUUCUUAUUGGAGCAGGGGAAAGAACCUUGGAUGGUUAAGAGGAAGGAAACAAAAGAAUGGUGUCCAGAUUCGGAGUCCAGAAGAAACACUAAGUAUUUAUCUCCAACAGAGGACAGUAAUGAAGUUAAAUUAUUGCAGCAGGAGAUAACAAAAAGACUUAAACAUUCUAACCUUGAAUGUACCAUGGUCAGAAAUAACAGAGAAAUCAAAUGCCAGUUGGAGAAACAACAGACAUAUCAGGAGGGCCAUUUCAGACAAGGUGUAAUAAACCCUGAAGAAAAGUCUGCUUCCACUCAGUGCACAGCCCAUAGAAAAUCUCAGGGAAUUCAUACUGGAGAGAAAGUCUGUGAACACAAGAAAUGUAAUAAAGCGCUCGGGUGCCAGUCACGUCCUAUUCAGCAUGAAAAAAAUCAUAAUAAGGAAAAGGACUCUGUAUGUGGAGAAUGUGGGAAAAUCCUUAACAGUAGGUUAGACUUGAUUAAGCAUCAGAGACUCCAUGAAAGCAAAAAAAGUAAUGGAAAUAAGAAAUGUAACUUCAUGUGUGGUUCUGAAAUUACUCAGCCUCAGAGUAUUAACACUGGUGAAAAACUUCUUAAAUGUAAGGAAUGUGGGAAAGCUUUCCAGUCUAGCUCGCAACUUACUCAACAUCAAAGGAUGCACAUAGGUGAGAAACCCUAUAAAUGUAAGGAGUGUGGGAAGGCCUUUCCAUCUACUGCACAGCUUAAUCUCCAUCACAGAAUUCAUAGUGAUGAGAAAUUCUAUGAAUGUAAGGAAUGUGGGAAAGCUUUUACUCGUCCCUCACACCUUUUUCGACAUCAGAGAAUCCAUACUGGUGAGAAACCCCAUAAGUGUAAGGAAUGUGGGAAAGCUUUUCGUUAUGACACACAACUUAGUCUUCAUCAGAUAAUUCAUACUGGUGAAAGAUGCUAUGAAUGUAAAGAAUGUGGGAAAGUGUAUAGUUGUGCCUCACAACUGAGUCUACAUCAAAGAAUCCAUACUGGUGAGAAACCCCAUAAAUGUAAGGAAUGUGGGAAAGCUUUUAUCUCUGAUUCACAUCUUCUUCGACAUCAAAGUGUUCACACUGGUGAGAAACCCUAUAAAUGUAAGGAAUGUGGGAAGUCCUUUCGUCGUGGCUCAGAACUUUCUAGACAUCAGAGAGCACAUGCUGGUGAAAAGCCCUAUAAAUGCAAGGAUUGUGAAAAGGCCUUUACUUGUAGCACAGAACUUGUUCGACAUCAAAAAGUCCACACUGGUGAGAGACCCCAUAAAUGUAAUGAAUGUGGGAAGGCUUUUAUUCGAAGGUCAGAACUUACUCAUCAUGAGAGAAGUCAUAGUGGUGAAAAACCUUAUGAGUGUAAAGAAUGUGGGAAGGCCUUUGGUCGUGGCUCAGAACUUAGUCGACACCAAAAAAUUCAUACUGGUGAGAAACCCUAUGAAUGUAAGCAAUGUGGGAAGGCCUUUAUUCGUGGUUCACACCUUAGUCAACAUCAAAGAAUUCAUACAGGACAGAGGAGUGAAUGAAAAAAUAUGGGAAGGCUCAGAAUUUGACUGACAUAAAAAAAAAAUCAUAUAAUUUUAACAAAACCUAUCAUUGUAUGGAAUGUGAGAAAGAAUUUGAGGAAAACAACUUAUUGGUCAUCAGAAUUUAUACUGUGCUCAUAAGGCUGGAAAGACCUUUAUUUCAGGGUCAAAACUGAUUGGACACGUGCCUUAUAAAUGUUAGAAUUAGGAGGAGUUUAUUCGUGUUUUGGAAUUUAUUAGACAUCAGAGUCAGUUGGUGAAAAAUUGGAAAAUUCCAUGAACAUAACGAACAUGGAAAGGCCUUUUUGGUGGACCAGAACACAGUCAACCUCAGGGAAUUUUAUGGUUAGAAGUUUAAGAAAACAGUGAAUGUGUUCAAGAAAUUAACCAUUCAACCUUUCUCAACUUCAGGGAUAUUAGACCUUAGGAGAAAUCAGAAGGUUUAUAAUAUAAAUACCACAUUUGCUAUAUCAAGUUAUUCACCUGAAAAUUCAUACUUAAGAAGACACCAUUAGUGUGAAACAUGGAGCAUAUUGAACCCAGUCAUGGUAAUGCAGUGGUAACACACAUGUCCUGAGAAUCCAGAAGCCAUAUGACCAACCACAGGUUCAAGUUUCUGGGUUGGCCUGAGAACAUGCUGGGAUUUGAGGAACUAAAGAAUUGAGGAGAUUGGAUGUGAUAUGACAUGACUCUGUCGAAGAUACUGUCCCUCUUCCUUCUCUUUCCUCGCACAUGCAUAUGUUCUCUGUCAUUUAAAAAGAAAUGCAGUAAGUUUUCCCAUUCAAAUUGUGUUAAAUGUCUACAAGCUAAUUCACUGAAAUUAACUUGAACUGAACCAAAGUGGGAAAAGAUUUAACCAAUGUUUAAUUUCUACUCACCUUUACCAAUAUAACUUAUUUCUUAUAGGGCAACUUAAUUAACUGCACCCAAGUUUUCUCAUUUAUAAAUUAGUGAUACUAACACCAGAUUUCUUAGUCACAUCAUAGGGUUAAAUACAUGUAUAUCCUUUAGAAUAGGGUCUGGCUAGUAUUUAAAGUGUGCUGAAUUAGAGCUGCUUUUAUUAUUUUCUUUGAUUUUCCUAAUUGUGUAUUAGAGAUCAUAUGAUUAUAUAUGCAGUGACUGUAGGAACAUCUUAUAUCAUCUCUUUCUUUAUUGAAUGUUAGGUAAUUCUUUCAGUAGGAAAUGUAAAACUUUCAUUCAUGGCUUUCAUUCAUGGCUCACCUUUUGCCUCAUUGGUGUUCAUAAGGUAAAGAAAACCCAGUCAAAUAAAGGUGGGUUGCUAUGAAGUAAGGUGCAAGAUUUCAGUGAUUUAUGAAAACCUUCUGUAAAUGGGGAUGAGCAGGUGGUGUACUGGUUAUGUUGCUGGACUCCCACGUAGUUGACUGCAGUUCGAGUCCCAGA